GUAUUACUACCGGUUUGAUUUCGCCCCCCUCGGCCCGCAGGGGCUCGGGCCGGCGCAGCCCCCCCGCCGGAGGCGGCGGGACCCGCAGCGCGGAGCCUGGCGCAUGCCACAGCCCGUCUCGGGUCCUCCGCCGCUGCCCUCCGCCGCCGCGCACUGGUUCCCGGCCCCUUCAUGCGCGGCGGACGCUAUGCCCGUUUUGUAGCCGGGGGCCCCUCCUCUCGUCCCGCAUGUUCAGGACCAAACGCUCGGUGCUCGUUCGGCGGCUCUGGCGGAGCCGUGCGCCCGGCGGUGAGGAGGAGGAGGAGGAGGAGGCGGCGGCGGCGGCCGAGGCCCGGGCGCAUGCCUGCGGCGAGGGGCGCGGGUGCUGCCCGGGCAAAGCGGGCCGCGGGUGCGGAGCGUCCGCCGGUGCGGAAUCGGAACUGAAGGCGCUGACCCACACCGUGCUGAAGCGGCUGAAGGAGCGGCAGCUGGAGGGGCUGCUGCACGCCGUCGAGUCCCGCGGUGGGGCUCGGACCCCCUGCCUGCAGCUGCCUGCCAAGGCCGACUCCCGGCUCGGCCAGCACUCGUACCCGCUGCCGGUGCUGCUCUGCAAGGUGUUCCGCUGGCCAGACCUCCGGCACUGCUCCGAAGUGAAGCGGUUAUGUUGCUGUGAAUCCUACGGCAAGGCUCACGCCGAGCUCGUCUGCUGCAACCCGUACCACCUCAGCCGGCUCUGCGAGCUAGAGUCUCCCCCUCCACCCUACUCCAGAUAUCCAAUGGAUUUUCUCAAACCAACUGAUUGUCCAGACUCUGUGCCUUCCUCCACUGAAACAGGGGGAGCUAAUUGCCUAGCCCCUGCGGGGCCUUCAGAUUCUCAAGUACUUCAGGAGCCGGGGGAUCGUUCACACUGGUGCGUGGUAGCAUACUGGGAAGAGAAGACACGUGUGGGUCGGCUGUACUCUGUCCAAGAGCCCUCCCUGGAUAUCUUCUAUGAUCUACCUCAGGGGAAUGGUUUCUGCCUCGGACAGCUCAACUCUGACAACAAAAGCCAGCUGGUUCAGAAGGUCCGCAGCAAGAUUGGCUAUGGCAUCCAGCUCACCAAGGAAGUGGACGGCGUGUGGGUAUACAACCGCAGCAGUUACCCCAUCUUCAUCAAGUCGGCCACACUGGACAACCCUGACUCCAGGACGUUGCUGGUUCACAAAGUGUUCCCAGGAUUUUCCAUCAAGGCUUUUGACUACGAGAAGGCAUACACCUUGCAGAGACCCAACGACCACGAGUUCACGCAGCAGCCAUGGACUGGAUUUACCGUUCAGAUCAGCUUUGUGAAAGGCUGGGGCCAGUGCUACACUAGACAGUUCAUCAGCAGUUGCCCAUGCUGGUUGGAGGUUAUCUUUAAUAACCGGUGACUCGAGACAAAGUGGGCUUAUGACAUCUAUUCUACUUUGCUGCUAUCGUUUCCUUCUGAGUGCUUGCUUUUCAUGCGAACUCUUUGUGUUUCGUUUUGUUUGUUACCCUUCCUGCCCGUGUUGAGAAAUAGCUUCUGAAAAGACAUUUGUUUUUGUUUUGUUUUGUUUUGUUUUUGCCUUGGGUAUUUUGAUAAAUAUAUCUAUUUUUUAAAAGUGUGAAUGACCAAUACUCAGAAGGGCGAGAGAAGGGUUCUUGGGGAUAGAUUGCAUACGGUAAUUAUUUCACGCCUCUGAAAGGGUUACCUAUGUGAUCAACAGAUUUGGAAGCCACUUCCUAUAUGUUACAGCUCCUUCUCUUGGAUAAAACAACAAGAUACCUGUACUUCUUAUGCACCACCUUCCCCUUGCCGCCAGCCAACCCUGGUGAUGGUGAUACAGAGACCCCUUCCCCAGUGGUGCUAACCUGAUGUUGCCACCGAAGGAUGGUGCAAAACCUUCCAAACCAGGUCUUUACCCAAUCUUUUGAUUUUUUAUUGUAUUGUUGCUGGGUUCACGUCUUGUCACUGUGUUCAUCUUUCCACUGCUUUGUUUUUUUAACUUAUGGUCAUGCAUUGAUGAAAGGGGGAGAAGACAAGAGCGGAGAAACUUUGUGCAUGACCCAUGCUUUAUAAUUUGAACUGAGAUGUGAAGAGACCGAAGUUUAAACCUAAAAAACCAACUCCCGAACCAACAAAAACAAAUGAGAAAAAGACAAGAAAAGGUGUCCACAAUAGUUGGUGUGUUGUAACCAGCCUAGAUCAGGUUAUCCCGGUACCAUCCAAUCUGGAAAUAAAGUUGUGCUUUCAUUUCUUGAAUUCAUACACGAGUAUGAUACUUUUACACUGUUCUUGGCUCAAUGAGCAUGUUUAGACCAUAACAUAAGCUAUUUUUCUAAAUAAAAAGGUUUAAAUGAAUAAAAGAGCAUUCUCAUUGGCAUUUUGGCAUUACAGUGCUUUGAAAUUAAAACACAGGUUAAAAAAAAAAGACUCCUUAAAAACCCCUUGAGAUUUAUUAAAGAAAAAAAAUUGUAUUUUAUGUUAUAUAAAUAUAUUAUUACCUGUAAAUAUAAAGACGUUUUAUAAGCAUCGUUAUUUAUGUAUUGUGCAAUGUGUAUAAACGAGAAAAAGUAAGAAAGAUGCACUUUGCUUUAAUAUAAAUGCAAAUAACAUGCCAAAUUAAAAAAAAACAAAAAAACACGAGAUAGAUUGGUGAUCUUUUCUAUGGGUGUUGUCAUCCAGAUGAAUGUUUUUUUCUAAAGGAGUUUAUGUUCCAUUAAGAAAUAAAGAUGUACACUUCA